AUGUUUAGCUCUAGUACUUCCAAUAAUGAGUUUGAGAGCUUUGAAAUGAAGACGAAUCAUCCGUUUGGACAUGAUACAGAAGGAUCAAUAGCGUUAAACCCGUUUCAUUCACGAGAUGGCGACGAUUCAGCUCUAAAGACGACGUUUGGACAGAGUUUUGGUGUUACCCAUCAACCGUCGUCGCUGCCUCCUGGUGGUUUGGCUGGCGAUCUACAAAUAUCAAACAAUGGAUUUGAAAAUCAACCGUCUUGUCCGUCUGGACGGCUGGCUAGUGCACCUUUCAUGGCUUCAGGAGGAUCAAGUACAGCUGCAGUGGGUGGAAUUCCAUUUGGACAGCCAAACCAAAACAUGGCACAAAACAACUCAAGCAACACCUUUGGAUCGACAUCAUUCGAACCGAAUAAUGCUUUUUCUUCUUCCACGUUGACGGGUGCACAAACAACAUUUGGAUACGCGUCAAACGUCAAGCAUCGAAGUGCUGAAUUUGGUAGAAGCUUACAGAACAGUAGACUUCGUGACGAUGGAGUGUUAAAAAUAUUUGGCGAGAACAGCACAGCCUUUGGUGAAAAUGACAAUGGAUUUGGUAGGGGCCAAACUGCUUUUGGAGCCCCUCGUGUCAAUCGUGAAGACGAAUCGUUUGUGCAAGAACCGAAGGGACGUAAAUCUAGUCACACAACAGCCCCUGCACCAUCAGCGUUGCAGGGUGCAGCAUUUGAAAGCCAAGGAUCAGAUGUUAGAGUGCGAAAGAGACAGAUCGCUUCUAAUGCGGCAUCUGUUGCUCCGGUGGACAACCCUUUUACUGUCGCAGCAGCAGAUGGUUACGAUACUACAAACGUCCCGGUCAUUCACACAACAUUUGGCGAAGCAGUGGACAGUUUCAGCGCAAAAGCUUCUGCAGCGCUUCGAAAAUCUUCUUUUGGUGGGAGCGCUGCUUCUACCACCACAUUCGGUGCAAUCAAUGAAGAUCGGCGCCAAUCUGGCCCGAAAUUUGGCUCGGAAGCUAUAUCGGGAGGAUUCUCCAAAUCAGAUAAGACGGCUUCGAUGGAGGAGCGAGUGAGUGGCGCGAAAAAAGUAAAAAAAACACCAUCCGGUAACAGAAAACGUGGUCAAGGAUAUACUGUGGCGGAAGAAGAUGCAAUGCAUUUUGGUGGGCAAGCGACCAUGUCUAGACACAGCCAUAAGUACCCAUCAGGCGAAGAUACUGUUGAAGCUACAAAAGUGAUGAAUGUGAAACCGGCAAAAGAAAAGCAUGGAAAGCAUCGACAAGCUCGACCAAAAAAGAAGGUACCAAGCAUAAGUGAUGAAGAGACUCCGUUUGUUCCUAUGCCACCAAAUGCUCCCUCGGGCAGGGACGAAAACACGAAGGCUCAACUAUCGGCCGCUACGAACCUAGACGGUCUUUGUGCUGAUAUGUGCAGCCCAGGAGAACGAGAGCUGCAUAUUCGGGUAGAUGAAUUGAGUGUUUUCGAAAAGUGUUACCCUGAUCAGCCAGGUAGAGAGCGUGAUAUGAUUAUCAAACGUUUUCAGCGCAGUUCGGCUGAUCACAAGUUGGAUAUCCCAGAAGAAAUUCGGCCCCCAGGUGUUCUUCGGCGCACUCAGCUGUAUAUUGAGCAAGCCAUAAUGGAUCUCGAUCAGUAUGGCCUGGAUCCACGGUUUCAGUUUCCUCGAGUUCCGGAGCCAAUCGAACUUUAUAACUUCUGUUGGGACCGGUUUCGAAUGAUUCGCAAAGACUUCAUUUUGCAGAACUAUCGCGGUGCCGGGGGUCGUGUGCAUCCCAUAGCUCUUGACGUUCACGAACGCAUUGCACGGUAUCACGUUCUCAGUGAGCAUGAGCUAAUUGAAACGCCAAGCUUCGUGGCCCAGCAAAAUAUGGAGCAGCUUGGGCAAACGUUGAAGUCGCUGAAUGAGCUGUAUGACGAAAGCUACAAGGUGGGAGAUCCUGCGUACUUGAGCCCAUUUGAGGCUGAGUGUCGCGCAUAUUUCGUUCUAUGCACGCUGGACAAUGGUCGCGGCAUGGAUGUGUUGAAGUAUGUGAAAAAUCUACCGUAUCAUAUAUUGCAGAGUACUCACAUCGAAUUCGCGAUGCGUGUAUUUGUUGCUCGCCAUACUGGUGACUACUUCCAGUUUUUCUUACUGCUUCGAGAAGCGACCUAUCUGCAGUCGUGUUUGAUUUUCCGGUACAUUCCAAGUGUCCGAUCUUCGGCAUUGCUUCGUAUGAAUCGGGCUUUUCGCGGUCAGACUUAUCCACUGGAGGACUUGGUGGAUUUGCUGUGUUUUGAUGACAUUGAGCACGCGUAUGCAGUAUGCCGAGAGCAUCAACUGAGGAUAUCCGGCGAACCUGGCGUUACCGACGACACCGCGAUAAUGGUAAAGUUUGGUGGUGAUUUUCAAACAGAUACACAACUACGACGAAACAAUACGCCAUUGAAGGUUCGAGCCUCCAAAAUCUUUGUCGGGAUGAAACAAGGAAAUUUCUUACGACGAGAUGUUUGUCGCGGGGUGACAGAGUUUGCUGAAGACAAAUAUCCAGCUCUUAGCAAACUGAUUGAAGACAUUGAAAUGGAGGAACAGGCUCGGCUAUACCCAGAUCGGCCUGUGUAUGAUGAUGACCACUCGUAUUUUAUUGAUUACAAUGGCAUAGGUUUUGUAUCACCUCCAAUGAGUCCUGAACUAAUAUCUACGAGCAACGUUUCUAGCGAACAAGAACCAGCAGAGACCGAUCAGAAAAGGGAUGAUUUUGGAAUGAUUGCACAGAGAAAGCAUGAGCUUGAACAGGAAAAGCAAGUAAUGCUUGAACGCAUGCGGAAGCUGGAACAGAUGAAAGAAGAGGCUGCACGGCGCGAUAAAGCUAAGAAUACUGCCGCCGAGGAGGCUGCUCAGCGUGACGAACUAACGAAGCUGGCGCUGAUUGCUCAAGUCAAAGCUGAAAAAGAAGCUGCAGAAGCAAAGCAACGACAGCAAGAAUUGGAAAUCCAGCUACGCGAGCAAACGAAGCAGCGUGCGGAACUGGAACAGCAGCGAAAGAGGGCAGAAGAGGCUGCUCGCGAAGCAGAUCGACAACGACUUGCAGCGAUACAGCAAGCCGAAGUUAUGAAGAUGAAGGAAGAGCUAGCGGAGACACGAGCACGUCAAGCCCGUGAAGCUGCAAAAGAAGCGCAACGGCAAGCACAAUUAGCCAAGGAGCAAGCAGAAAGGAAGAAGGCGCGCCGUAUUGAAAAGGAGCGACUUGCUAUUUUGAAACUGAGACUACACCUCUGGAAGAAGUAUGUGCAGGCGUCAAGGCAUGGUACUGGGCCCAUUUUAAUUGACGGAACUAAGCUUCGGCUUGAUCGGCCUCAUCAAAAGGCAAAAGAAAGUAUUCAAUGGCUUUUUGGGAAAGCUGAUGGAGGAUCGGGUGCAUUGAUUGGAACAAAGCGACCAAAGCACUUGUCAAGGGUAAAAGAUGUAUCACCUUCAGAUGCUGAUAUUGUAGCGCUUUGGUGCUCCGAAGACAUUCUAGAACUGGUUGGCCCUCCUCUUCGACAGAAAAAUAUGAGGAUACCAUCAGUCGCGUGGAAGUUGGUGAUUGCAGAUUUGUUGGAUGGAUCUUCUUCUUCAUUUGGGUUAUGGUGCGCCGUCCGGUCAGGGGCACAAAACGUUUCUGUACCUGAGCAUGACUGUUAUCGGGUGUUUCAGCCGAGUGAUGAUGGUAAGGAGCAGGGAAUUUUUGUGUGCAGUCGGUAUUUUGAUUCAACAUAUACUGAGCGGAAUACACAAGAGACACUGCAAGACAAGCUCACUGCAACAUCGGCAAUUUUAUUACCCGUCGAUAUGAGCUUACUGCAGCUAGCUGGCAAUUGCAGUCACUGGGAGCAGCGCGUUGAAGAACUACUUUCUUCUCUGAAGAAGCCUGGAAGCCGGGUGACAAUGCUUGCACUGGGGUUUGUUUCGGCGGAAGUCGAGUCCUCUCGAAAAGUACUCUUGAGCAUGCUCAGAAGCUGUGUUGAACGUGUGCAAAGCCGAUUUGCUUCACUUGUAAUGCGAGUCGACGUUGAUCUCAUCGACGCAAGUGACCUUUCUCAUAAGUUUGGUCAAGUUCUGAAAAAGAUUGCAACGUUGUCUCCUCCUGUGCGUCAUUUUAAGAGCGUUGGAUUAAAAGAGCUAGUAGAGGGAAGUGUGAAGGCAGCAACGAAUCAAUUUGAAUCGUCAGUGGGAAUCCAGAGCAACAUUUGCGCUGCCUUUCCACGUUUGCGAGAUGAAAUUUUGACAUCUGGCGUACUGGACCUUUUAUCUUCCCCGCCGGAGUUGCAAUUUGCGAUUAUUGAGCCACCACAUGAUUGGAACUUGAAGGAGCGUCGGCAAGAGAUUCAAUCGAUUUUGACGGCGCUAGAAGUCACACGAAUGGCCAUUGUGGAUUCUCCGUUGAACUGCGACCAGACGUGCGAUGUCUACUUUAAGAAAAUUGAAGACUUUAUUGAUCGUCUAUUUGUAUCACAUCGAGCAGCUACAGCAGUGUCGACGUAUGAGCUGAAGAAGAGGAUUUACACUGUGCUUCUUCCCGUUCACGAGCAACUGACACAAAACGGCAAGACAAAACAGGUGACUCCACAAGAAGCUGACGCGUUGUUGCCAUGGCGGAAGAUUUUUGAAGAGAUUUACGCGACUUUUUUUGAAACGUUGAGUGAUAUCACAAUCUAUUACCCAGCUGAUUGGGUUCAAUUUGGAGCAGGUGUAUCACGCCUUUUAGAUGCUGCAGUACGUUCGUCGGCUCCAGAGCAGUUUACUGAUUACAAUUCACGCUCCAAGCGUGCUCGUGCAAAAGAACCUGUCCAAGUCUCUGCGCAGAGCAUAAGGCGAAGCUUUGGACCUUUUCAUACGCUGGAUGUAUCGAAGCAAAAGUAUCAAGUUGUGCGUGGGAUGAAGCGUCUUCGAGUUGAAAUUGAAAAGGAACGAGCUGCUGCGUUCAAGUAUCAGCAUCUGCUUCGUCAAGCAUUGAAGCAAUGGGACAAAUAA